AUGAGGGUCCGAAAACAAAAGCGCGAGGAUAAAGAUGAGCCGGUCGUCGGCUGGUGCUACAUGGUCGAAAGGAUCGCCGAUGGGAAUACGGAAAAGGUGAUUUUGAUGGGAAAUAAUCUCAACUUGAAAACUUUCCAGUGUCUGGCGACGAUAAUCCACGUGGAAGACCGUCUGGAACACGAUCCGCCGGCGACGAUCCAACGGAGUUUUUCCGGCGAACAUGACUUGCCCGCUUCAACGCCCACUACUUCAAAGCCAGCCGCUGAUGGUAGGGAAGAAAAUUGAUCGGGUUUCUCGAAUUUUGAUGCCCCUACAGUGGCCACUGUUCCAAGCUUCAGUCUUUUUGUACUCCAAAGCCCCAAAAAUCUCGAAAAAACGGCUCUUUUUAGCCAAUCCAACAACGGAAAACGACGAUUCGAGCGAUGAAAAACGAGAAAAUCGCGUCCGAAUGUACUAUGUUCACUAUGAGAUGCUGGAUCGACGAAACGAUGAAUGGGUUCCCAGGGAAAGGUUCGGGAAAUGGAUUUUUUUAUGGGAUUUUUUUAGGAGAAAAGGUUCAUUUUUUUAAUGUGAAAAUCUCUUUUUUUCAAGUGAAAAUUUCAUUUUUAAUGAGAAAAAAACUUCUUUUUUUAUGAGAAAAAAAUUCCAAUUUUUCUAUAAAAAGCUUCAAUUUUUAAGUGAAAAAUUCCAUUUUUUUAUUAAGAAAUUUUUCGAUUUUUCCAGGUGAAAAGCUUCAUUUUUUUCAUACGAAAAAAACUACAUUUUUUAGAUGAAUAUUUUUCAUUUUUUUAAAUCAUUUUACUCUUGAAAAACUACUUUUUUUGAAGAAAUUUGAUUUUUUUCUAUGGGAUUAUGUACAUUUUUCAACUAGAAAGUUUCAAUUUUUCAUCUGAAUUUUUUUCAUUUUUUUGGUCGAAACUCUUCAUGAUAGUAAAGCUUUAUUUUUUUGAGUGGGAAAAUUCAUUUUUCAUGUGAAAACUUUUUUUGUUUGAAAAAAAGGGGUUUUGUAGUGAAAAUCUCUCUCUUAUAAGUGAAAAAAUCGGAAAACCUUAUUUUUUUCAUUGAAUAUAGUAAAAAUUCUUUUUUUAUUGUGAAAAACUCGAUUUUUCAUAUGGAAAAAUGUUUUUUCAAAUAAAAACUCCAAUUUUUAAGCAGAAAAAGUCAUUUUUUAUAUGUAAAUCUUCAUUUUUUAGUGAAAAUCUUCUUUUUUCUUCCAAAAAAGUCGAAAAUUUAUAAAGAAAAACUCAGUUUUUAUGGGAAAAUCUUCAUUUUUCAAGUUUCUACUUUGAUUUGUUGUGAAAAAAAUUUUCGAAUAUAACCUUAAAUUUUUAAGCAGAAAAAAAUCACUUUUUUUAUAUGAAAAUCUUCAUUUUUUUCAAGUAAAAACUUUGAUUUUUUUGACCGGAAAAGGUCAAUUUUCAUAUGAAAAUCAUUAUCAUUUGUGAGAAAAAAAUUGAUUUUUUUCAACUUGAAAAAGCAAAUUUUUCUUUUUUCAAGCAAAAAUCCCAUUGAAAAAAUUUCGAAAACGUUUCAGAAUCCUGGAAUUUGUCGAUUCCCACGCCGGCGCCAUCAUUCCGGAUCCUCCACCUUCUUUCGUCGCAAAUUGCGAUCAAUGUACGAUUUUUCAAGUCAUUUUCAAUAGAAAAAUAGGGUUUUCUAUGGAGAAAAUUGAUUUUAAACAAAUAUAGUCUGACCACCACGAUCCUGAGACAAAAAAACGUGACAUUUCUUAUUCAAAAAAAUCGCAAAAAAAUGACGGUUUUGGACAAUUUUUCGAAUUUUGGAGCCUUUUUGAAGGUUUUUCUAAUAGAGUAUAGUCAGGUUGAAAAUUUUCCAGUUAUAUUUUUCAUGGACUUAUUCAUAAAAUGCUUCGAAAUCUGAAGAUACAGCAGAAAAAGCUCAAUUUUCUGUUUAAAAUCGAAAAUUUGAGUGAUUUUUGAUGAUCUUUUUCGUGAAUUUUACCGAAAAAAGCGGAUUUUUUGAAGAAAAAUCCGGAAUUUUUUCUGACUCUCCAAAAUUUAGUUAUCUUUUUCUUUCUCUGACGCUUAUUUUGUGUUUUUCUGAAUCGCCCAAAAAUAGCAGAUUUUCCGAACUAAAACCUGGAAAAUGGACCAUUUUCAGAAUAAAAAUGGACCUUUAAAAAAAUUCUCAAAAUAAUUUUUCUCUAUUCAAUCAAAUCUCCAGUUGAAAAAAAGCCUUACAAUUUCGAAAAUUUUUUUCUGCGAAAAAUCGGUAUAUUUCUUGAAGUACGAGGCGGCGGCGCACUGACCAGAAGCCAACGGCGAAUACACGAAGAAUUCAACCAUCUCCGGCAAGGAUUCGACACCAUGGACGCCACGACGGCCCGUCUCGAAAAGGAACACGAAGAAGUGCGGAUUGGGAAUAUUUGAAAUGAAUUUUUGAGCUAGAAAAGCAAAAAAAGUGAUCUCGAAACAGUUUUCUGUGGCUUAUUUUUGAAAAAAUGCUUAUUUUUUCGAUUUUUUGUGAAAAAAAGGUGUUCUCAACCGUUUUCGAACCUUAAAAGGCAAUCCGGAAUGCUCAAAAUGACUUUUUGGACCGUAAAAUCCAUCUGGAAACAGUUUUCUAUGGCUCAAGAGACUAAAAAUCCCCGUUUUCUUGUAAUUCAAAGCUUUUUUGGGAAUUCGGAAGAGUGAUAUCGGCUUUUUAGACCAAAAAAGUGAUCUGAGAACAGUUUUUCGCGACUAAUUUUCGUAGAAAAUGUUUCAUUCCUAAAAUUAUAUAAUAGGAAAGAUGUUUUGGAGUGAAAAGAAGUGAAAAUUCGAAUAAAAUUUCAUUUUUCUAUGUUUGAAACUUUUUGUGGUUUUUCCCUUAGAAUUGACCAGGAUCGAGUUCCAUCAAUUAGUGGGAGAAAAACCAGAAAAAUCAACUCGAAUCCGAAAAAAAAUGAUUUUUGGCGGAACGGUAUGUCGUUUCAUGUCGCGGUGUAUGCACUAACUAUCAUAUUUGACGCGCAUUUUUGAAAAAUUUGGCGCCAACAUUUUUUUUUCCAGAGAACAAAAGUGAAGAACAUUCCGCGUGUAUUUAUCGGCAAGUACUGUAUCACGACAUGGUAUUAUUCGCCUUUCCCGGCGUAUUGCAACAAUCAGGUUUGUAUUGUGAAAUAAUUGAAAAAAAAAAAUUAUUUUUCUUUUUUUUUAGUUGAUUAAUUAUUCAUUAACUUUGAUUUUCAGUGGAAAAAUUGGUUUCUUUUUCACAAAAUAUACUUUUUCUGUACAUUUUAGGAUUCUAUUUGAAGAAUUUUUCUCAGAUUUUAAACCUUUUUUCAAAGUUUUUCGGAUUCAAAGCUUCAAAUUUCUGAUUUUCAGGACCUUCACAUGUGCGAGUACUGCUUACUGUACACUCCAAGUAAGGAUAAGUACAAAAUCCAUGUGAGUUUUGGGGGAAAUAGUCUAUUCACCGUUGUCUAUGGACCAAAAAAUCUUAUUUUUAGGCCUGGAUUUUUUUUUUGGUAAUUUUUAAGGCGUUUUUUUCUGAUCUUUUCUAAUUUUUCUGAGCGUUUUAAACUUUUAAAUAGUAGCCAGAACUGAAUAGGAAAGAUUCGAGAAUAAAAAAAAUCAAAUAAACGAUUGAAAAAUUUAAAGGCGCAGCGACUGAAAAUCAAAAAAGGUCUCGAAGCGAAAGUCGAAUUUUUGCUCAAAUCGACUGUGAAUGAACUGAAAAAUCAGUUAUGAAGUCAAUAGUUAUUGAUUUUUUAGCGCAAAAGUUGCAAAGAACGACAGCCGCCGGGAAACGAGAUCUACCGGAAGGACAAUCUGUCGGUUUAUGAAAUCGAUGGCAGCCAGAACAAGGUGAUUUUGAGAAAAAAUGGGGGAAUUGAUCUUGUUUUUAACCUUCCCUAACUACUAUUGAUACCCCCCUCUUAUUAAAGGCGCAUGGGGAGCCGCCACGAGCCUUUAAUAAGGAGAACUUCUUUUUUUCUUUUUUUCCACCGCUUCCCAUGAAUUGGUUCUUACACGUGUUAGAUUUGUAGAAUGCGCCCGUUUUUCUCCCGAGUCUUGCGCCCAUUUCAUAUGCCCGUUUUUCUCCUCUUUUCUCCCGUUUUUUGUGCCCGUUCCAUAUGCCCGUUGUUCUCCUACUUUUCUCCCGUUUUUUUUCGCCCGUCUUUCUCCCGUUGGGCUUAAUACGGGCACACCCGUUGGGACACCUGCCCAGCAUGAGAGUAGUUAAUCUCUUGGAAAAUUUAAGAACUUUGACGAAAUAUUUUACGAAUCUUUUCUCAGCUCUACUGCCAAUGUCUCUGCCUCCUGUCCAAACUCUUCAUGGACCACAAGACUUUGUAUUUCGACGUCGACGAUUUCAUGUUCUACGUCCUUUGCGAGGUUUGAUAUAGCCUAUUCCGCGCAAACUUGUCACGUUUUUUUCACGCUAGUAGACUGUAUACCAAGUAGAUCAAUUUUGGCCAACUGCCCUUCAACUUUUCUGUUUUAUGAAGGUUUGUAGAGCAAAAUUGCAAAAAACGCUAACUUUACGGUAGCUGUCCUUACGGUGGCUUUACGGUAGCUUUACGGUAGCUGUUCUUACGGUGGCUUUACGGUAGCUGCUUUCACCAUAGCUUUACCAUAGCUUUACGGAAGCUUUACGGUAGCUGUUCUUACGGUAGCUUUACGGUGGCUGCUUUCACCAUAGCUUUACGAUAGCUUUACGGUAGCUGUUUUCACCAUAGCUUCAUCUUACGGUAGCUUUUUGAUAGAUGCUUUUACGGUAGCUGUUCUUACGGUGGCUUUACGGUAGCUUUAAAAUAGCUGUUUUAACGGCUGCUUUUACGAUAGCUCUACGGUAGCUGUCCUUACGGUGGCUUUACGGUAGCUUCAAGGUAGCUUUACGGUAAUUUUACGUUAGCUGUUCUUACGGUAGCUGUUUUACUGUACUUUACGGUAGCUGCUCUUACGGUAGCUGUUCUUACGGUGGUUUUACGGUAGCUGUUUUAACGGCAAAUUCACGGUAGCUUUAGGGAAGCUUUACGGUACCUUUAUGGUAGCAUUUUUUACGGUAGCUGUUCUUACGGUAGCCUUACGGUAGCUGCUUUCACCAUAGCUUUACGAUAGCUUCACGGAAGCUUUACGGUACCUUUAAGGUAGCUUUACGGUACCUUUUUUUCACGGUAGCUGUUCUUACGGUAGCUGCUUUUUCACCCAUUCCAAUCUACCAAACUCGGCAAAAAUUAAAAUUAAGAGUAAAAUAAAAUGGAUCCCCCAACAGGUGAACGACGCUGGAGCGCACAUUGUCGGAUAUUUCUCAAAAGAGGUCGAUUCGGUCAACAACUUGGCCUGUAUCAUGGUCUUCCCGCCCUUUCAGAACGUCGGCUACGGGAAAUUCCUCAUUCAAUUGAGUCAGUUUUUCGGAAAUUGCAUCAUUAUUUGUAAAGUACCAUCAUUUUUUCUCAGUUUAACAUCUUGAAAAUCUGAAUUUUCUGUAAAAAAUGGAAAGUUAUCACUUCAGUGGAAUAAAAUUCCAAGAGGUAAAUGUCGGAUUUUUAAAGUUUUAUUGUUUUCUAAGGAUUUUCAAAAGGGUAAGGUGUAAUUUCAGCUUUGUAGUUUUGAAAAACGGCCCCAAUUUAAUGAAUUUUUGAGGAGGAUCGGUAGUUUUUUUAUCAAAGGUUCUCCGUUGAAUUUGAAGUAGGAAAAAGGCUAUUUUUUUAUUUUUUUAUUAUUUUUCACCGAUUUUUUUGUAGAAUUUUUCAGUUCGAAAUAGUAUCAAUUUGAAGGAAAAAAAUAUUGAUUUCUGAGAUUUUUUUGAAAAUUAUCGAUUUGGGGGGUUCAAUAAUAUUGAUCUGAUGGAAAAAUUUUUCAUUUUUUUCAGCUUUUUCUUGAAAAAUUCGUAUCGUUUUUUUAAGAAGAAGCGCUUCAAAUUGAUAUUGAUUUUUAAGAAAAAAAGUCCGUUUUUUUCAGCUUCAGUUGUAUAAGAAAUUUUUUUGAGAAAGGACUUUAAUUUUUUUGAAAAAAAUUGUAUCGAUUAAAGGAAAAAAAUAAGUUCAUUCUAACCAGGAAACGUUUUUACCCCCCAAAAAAAGUUCAACAGGGGGAUUUUUUUCUGAUUUUUUUAGUCAUUCGUAUGACAACUUCGUGAGAAGUUUUACUUUCAAAGAAAAAAACAAAUCAAAAAAAUCGUACUAUCAUAAAAAAAUUUUAAAUUAUAUCGAUUUUUUUAGAAAAAAAUCCAAAUUUUUCAGCUUCACUUGUAUAGGAAUUUUUGUAAGAAAAAGAUAAUAAUUUUUUUCUUUUUUUAGGAAAAUCAUAUAAUCUUAGGUUAUGAGUUGUCCACACGUGAAGGUUACAUCGGGACGCCGGAAAAGCCCCUCUCCGACUUGGGAAAAGUGAGCUAUCGGAGCUACUGGUGGUGGAUCUUGCUCUCCGUCAUGAGUACUCAGAGGGUUUUGAGCUUUAGGAUUUUUUUAAAAUUAACUUGGAAUCUUAGAUAAGCACCAUCACGGCCUUUGAAUUGUCCCUGUUCUCCGGCGUCGCCGUGGACGACAUCGUAUCGACACUGGGGACCAUGAAAAUGGUCCGGCAGUGGAAAGGUGAGAAAAGACGGGAGAAAUAUUGAUUUUUCUUUUUUUUUUUAUGGGUUUUAUGAACACAUAAAGACGCUCUGAGAAGCGCAAAAUUAUCAUUUUGACUUGAAAUUUCCGGAAAAAAAUCGGUAAAUAUCUGAAAAAAAGACUUCACAAAUAUUGAAUUUUCCCUCUUUUUGUAGGUUAUAUGCACAUAAAAAAACGCUCCGGGAAGCGAAAAAAAUUAUCAUUUUAACUUGAAAUUUUUUUGAAAAAAACUGAAAAAAAUAUUGAUUUUUCUUAUUUAUAUGGGUCUUAUGAGCACAUAAAGACGCCCUGGGGACCUCAAAAUUAUCAUUUUGACUUGAAAUUUCUGAAAAAAUCGGCGAACUUCAGGGAAAAAUGUCUUUUGCUGUGGGAAGGUGUACGAACAGGGCUACAGAAAUAUUAUUUUCUUAAAAAUAGGUCUUGUGAAUUUUUUACUGCAGAAUGAACGUAUGAAGCCGUUUUAAAAAGCGCAAAAUUCCCAGUUUUUGAAUUUUCUGAAAAAUCGGCAGUUUUACGAAAAUACUUUCACAGUGGGAAGUGAGCAUAAAAAGCUACAGAAAUAUUAAUUUUUUCCUGUUUUUUGGUCUGGAAAAACUUUUUUACUGCCUUGAAAGCACAUAAAGACGCUUCAGGAAGCUCUAAAAUCCUAUUUUAAACUGGAAAUUUCCGGAAAAAUUUGCAGUUUUUUUGAAAAACCUUGAGAAGUGUGAGGUGAAAAAUAAUAAAACUACAGAAAAAUUGAUCUUUUCCUGUUUUUUGGUCUUGAAUAGUUUUUUUCACCUUCUGCACAUGAUGGCGCCUCUAGGAAGCGUAAAUUUCCCAGUUUUGACAUGAAUUUCUGGAAAAGUCGGGGGUUUUUUGAAUGUUAGGUCGUCGUUCAAGCUCCGCCCCUCAUUGUGCAAUUAACCAGUCAAACAGAUUUUUCGAAAUUUCUUGACAAGUCAACUUUAAAGAGGGUUUUUUAGGGUUUCAAUCAAGGGAUCUAUGAUCAGAAGGUCCUAAAUACCUCUCAGCAGUUUUUUGAGUCCCUUGCAAGUGAAAAUCAGAAAAAAUCUUUAAAAAACAGCUUCUUCAGACGGAGAAUACGUCGUGAGGUCCUCACGACGAUUCGUCGAACACUGCCUCGCCCAGAAACUCGGCAAACCGCCGAAAAUCAUGCUCGACCCGUCGAGCAACCACCUCCGAUGGCAGCCGAGCAAGACCCGCAACGAGACGGAGAUGCUCCGCGAGGCGCACACCGCCCGCGACAAGAACGCCGUGAUCUACGCCUACGGCGGCGGCUGGAACUCCCCGCCGCCCGCCGCCGUCACCACCGACUUUGACGUCGUCGCCUCCGUCGGUCAGUUUUCAGCAGAAGCUCCAUUUUUGGAACCAUACGGCUUAAAAUGAACAGAAAAAAAAGAUGUCUUCUGCAAACUUUAACCCCUUGAUCCUCGCCUUUUAAGUGAUCACUUACAGGAGAAACUUCAGAAAAUGUAAAAUUUUUAAGUGACCACUCGAAUCGUUGCUGAGCCUCAAGUGUUCGCUCAGAAGCCCUGUAAUAGAAUAAUUCAGAACGAAAAACCCUUAAGGGACCACUUGAUAUUUUCGCUGAACCUAGCCCCUUAAGUGAUCAUUUACAUGAUUUUUUGUAGGACACUCCAAAGUAAUAGAAUUCUUGAAUGACCACUUGAGUUUUCUUGCUAAGCCUUAAGUGAUAACUCAGAAGCCCUGUUAUAUGAGAAUUCAGAACGAAAAACCCUUGAGUAAUCACUUACAUACUUUCAAGUAGGGCAUUCCAGCAAUAAAACCCUCAAAAGACCAUUUGAAAUUCAUUGGAAAGGUUGUUGAGUCUCGCCCCUUGAAAGAUCCCUCAGAAAAUAAUAGGAUAAUUUAGAAUGGAAAAACCCUUAAGCGAUUACUCGAGAUUUCCUGUAUUUUUGCCGGCUACUGCCCUUCAAGUGGGAACUCAGAAGCCCUGUAAGAGGAUAAUUUAGACGAGAACUCUUAAGGAUGCACUUGAGAUUUUCUGAAAAUUAAUGCUCGCCGAGUUUUUCCCCUUAAGAGGCCACUUGUAAGCCCUGUAAGACGAAAAUUUAGACAAAAACCCUUAAGUGAACACUUGAGAUUUGUUAAACUUUUGCUGAGUCUCGCCCUUUAAGUGGCCACUCAGAAGCCGCAGGAGGAUAAUUUAGACAAAAAACCUUAAGGGACAACUUAAGAUUUCCUAAACUUUCGCCGAGAGCUUGCCCCUCAAGAGAUCGCUCGAAAACCCGGUAAUAGGGGAAUUUAUAAUUAAAUAACCCUUAAGUGACCACUUGGUUUUUCCUGGAACUUUUGCCAAGUCUUGCCCCUUAAGAGUUCACGCAUGAGAUAGUAGUAUACAUUAGAUUGACAAAACACUUAAGGAACCACUUGAGAUUUUCGUGAAAUUUUUGCCAAGUCUUUCCCCUUAAGUGGGCACUCAAAAGCCCUGUAAGACAAAAAUUUAGACAAAAACCCUUAAGCGACCACUUAGGAUUUUCAUAAACUUUCGCCGAGUUUUUCCCCUUAAGAGGUCACUUAUAAUCCCUUUAAGAAGAUUAUUCAGGAGAAGUGAUCGCUUUAGGGUUUUUUUCUUGUCUCAGAAAAUCAAUAACUUUCAGACGCCCCUCAAGAAGACCCUCAAGACUCGAAAAAUGACGUCAUCGAUGAACCAAUGGACAUAAGCUAA